AUGCUCAUGUUCAGACUGACCCUUAGUCAAGUGCAGCUCUCCUUUUCCACUGCUGGUGAGCCUGAGUACUUCACAGACUUUGUUGCAUUCAAGCAGUGGGAGCACAGGAUAUUUUUGAGCUUGACCUAUCUCUGUUAUCAUUAUCGCAAUGUCAUCAACUUUAAAUUGCUUACCCUGAAUGGGGAACGGGGCUUUACCAUGGUUACUGGCUGCUUGUUUCUGGUCACUUUCUGCAGCCUGGUUUCCCUGAACUUUUCUGAUCCUGGCAUCCUGUAUCAAGGUAAGGCCUCAGACCCCUGGGAGAAGCUCCCUGAGGCAGCAUAUGUGCCCUGGAUAUAUCAAAGGGCCUUUCAAAUGCCCUGGUGUCCCCAUUGCUCCUUCCACUGCCCACCCAGGACCUUCCACUGUGGAUGUUGUAACAUCUGUGAGGAGGAGUUUGACCACCACUGUAGGUGGGUGAACAAGUGCGAGGGGCAUAGUAACAUCCAGCUCUUCCUGCUGCUGCUCAUGUCCCCUUGCCUGUACCUGGGUGCCCUGCUGGUGAUGUGCACCAUCUUCCUUGUGAGCACCAGCGAGAUGCCAUUUUCCUUGGACAAGGCCAUGGCAUAUCCAGUGGCUGUCGCGGCCACAGGCGCCCUGUUGCCACUCACUUUGGGACUGCUGAUCCAGGCUGUAGCAAUGAGCACCACCACGCGCUCCUAUGAAGGCCAGGCUGAAACAAUAAUUGGUCAGAACCUGGUGCAUCAGGACUUAAAGGCAUCUGCAUCCAGGGCAGCUGCCGACACUGAGGGCCUUCAGCCCAGAUUUUCCUGUGCCAUAUGA